UUAAAAUGGCGUUUUCCAUUCGCAAAAAUGUGAUUUCGUCGAUUAAUCAAUAUCAUAAAUUACUUGGUUUACGUGGCCUGAAGAACACGCAUGAAUACUGGACCUGUCUUCCAAUUCAAAAUCAUCAACUUAUCAGUACCAGUAGUAUCCAGCGUGAUGCAAGUUUUAAGACCAAUGAGGAGAUGUCGUGGGUGAGGAGGAUACUUCAAGGAAGUGGACCAAGUGCGGAUGUGGAUGAAACCUCGCUGGAAGAUGAAGUGGUAGCAGUAGAACCAAGAUAUAUGGAGAUACUACAAGAGAAACAAACUAACUUCAUCUCCAAACCGGAAACUAGGAGAAGAAACUACUCUCCUCCUCAUGAUGUAGAAGAUAGCCUUGAAGAACUGACACUUCAGCUAACUACCGAGACAGAUCCAGUCAACUGGAAAGAGGUCUCAUUCGAUGAUAAUCUUUUCAAAUUUCAGCUACUGUCCAAAUGCUCCCAGACGUUCCAACACUCCGUCCCUAGCUAUCAACUGAGGAAGAUGAAGACUGUUGAGGAUGUGCUAACCUUCUACCAGACACCGGUGAAGGAUACUUCUGUGUACGAUGAACUGAGUACCAAGGAGCUCCCACCAAAUCUACGUAUACAGUGGGACUACAAUGACUCCAAGCUGGAGGUUUAUGAAGAAUACUUAGAACAUAUAAAGUUGAAGAAAUCAAGAAAGCCUUCUGAUUGGCCGUUCAGGCCGUCCCAUUGAAGGCUUUAUGAUAAGAACAUUUUGGACUUGAUGUGUGGCCAAGCAGAAGUGUGUGGACUUGCACCUACAGUUAGCUGACAACAGACUCCUGCCUUUAGAGUUGUAGUUUGAUGUUCAGAACUUCUGUGACUUUAUUCAUGCCAGAGCUAUAGUAUGGGGGAAACAGAUGCUUGACUUGAGCCUCUACAUUCAAGCAUGCACAGUGCAUUGAUGAAGUUUAUAUAGAGCAUUGUUGCUGGAUGAAAGUAGCCUAUCAUACUCUGAGAUGUGAUGAUAAACUACAUGUAUCAUGAGCAAAUGAAAUGUAACUUCUCCUUUGGUUAUUUAAAUCAUUAGGAAAAUAAAUGAUGAAGAUAUAUCAGUAUCAUUAAAAAUAAAUUACAAAAUACAAAAUGAACUUACAUGCAAACAGGACCAGGAUUGGAAGUAUACAUCCAAAUGUUUUGUGAGCCAAAGUUGUUUUAAUCAUAGUGCACAUCAUGCAAUGAUUUUUUUAUUUUUUUUAAUGCUCGAGGACAAAGACUCAUUCUAAAAUAAUUUCAAAUUGACAUGAAUUUAAUUCUCUAUGAGCACUGGAAAGUCUGAACAACGUGUGAAAUACCUUAUUAAGAGCUCUCAUAUAUCUAUGACGCGAAAGAAGGUUUCAUAACCUAUUGUAUUGAAACGAUGUGAAAGGCCUUGGCUAUUCAUACAUCAAAUAUUAAAAUUAUGUGCACAUACAA